GGCUUACAGUCCCCUCCUCUAAGAACGAUGGAAUCCAUUACAAGCGUUCUGUCCAGUGUAGCAAAUUUUCCCUAUAGGAAGCCGAACUCCAUUAUUGAAUUAGAGAAGCUUCAGAUGAAAAUUUUACCAUUAACCCUUUUCGGAGAUCUCCAAUAGCCCUUCUGGGUUGGUACUUUCCAUAGCUGAGAAGCUCUCUCCCAAAGCUUCAUAUAACGUGGAGGGUGUAAUGAUGCAACUGUGAAGGAAAGAGAAAGAGUGAGAGUGUAUAUUCAGGAAUCAGAAGGAAAUGGGG